CAGGUCCUUGAAUUGUCAGCGCGCUCGGGGCGGCUGCUGAGCCUGGGCGGCAGCCGGGCUGAUCAUACUCCACUCCACUCCACCCACCACCCUACUCCACCUCCUGAGGUAGCGUGCUCAAACCGAUGUGCCCCGGACCGCUGGGGUGAGAACAGUCGCCAGUUCCAGGCAACUUGGGAUUCGGGACCCGCUGCACGGGCGUCGGUUUGCGGUCGGGACUCGGCGAGAAGGAUGGAAAUCCUGUAUGAAAGUGGAAGCCAUUAGCAGAGUAAUUGCUGUCUGUUACCAUGACAACAAGCCGCUGCAGUCACCUGCCUGAAGUACUGCCAGACUGCACCAACUCGGCUGCGCCUGUGGUGAAGACUGUGGAGGACUGUGGCAGCCUAGUGAAUGGGCAGCCACAGUAUGUCAUGCAAGUUUCAGCCAAGGACGGGCAGCUGCUGUCAACAGUAGUGCGGACUCUAGCCACCCAGAGCCCCUUUAAUGACCGGCCAAUGUGCAGAAUCUGCCAUGAAGGGAGCAGCCAAGAGGACUUGCUUUCUCCGUGUGAAUGUACAGGGACCUUGGGGACAAUUCAUCGGAGCUGCCUGGAGCACUGGCUGUCAUCCUCAAACACCAGCUACUGUGAACUCUGCCACUUCAGGUUUGCAGUGGAGCGCAAACCCAGGCCGUUAGUAGAGUGGCUCAGAAACCCAGGACCCCAGCAUGAGAAGCGGACUCUGUUUGGAGACAUGGUGUGCUUCUUGUUCAUCACUCCCCUGGCCACCAUCUCAGGUUGGCUGUGCCUGCGGGGCGCCGUGGACCACCUGCACUUUAGUAGUCGGCUUGAAGCCGUUGGACUGAUUGCACUGACUGUCGCACUCUUCACCAUUUACCUCUUUUGGACACUAGUGUCAUUUAGGUACCACUGUCGAUUGUACAACGAAUGGCGUCGGACCAAUCAGAGAGUGAUUCUUCUCAUUCCAAAGUCUGUCAACAUACCUUCUAACCAGCAGUCCUUGCUGGGCCUCCAUUCUGUCAAGAGGAACUCAAAGGAGACAAUUGUUUGAUAUUUAUAUGGUUGGUUGGUUGGUUGGUUAGUUGAUUUGUUGUCUAGGGUUUGGAAGUUUCUGCACUGGGGCUAUGCACUGAACCCCCUCCCCACAAACCUAUUCUUGAGCUUGUGGGUCUGAGAAUAUCUGGAGCUGUGUUAGCACAUCACCCCAGCAAGCAAACCCUGCCAGAAGAAAGCAAAUGCUGUUUUACUUCAAACCAUGGAUGCUGCAAUCAUAUGAUAUUUGCUAAGCUGCCAAACAUGUUUAUUUAGCAGAUACUGUAUGGAAUUUUAUGAUCACCUCUUUAACACAUGAGGAAGAUUGUCCUGCUAAGAAUGCAAUUCAAUUCUUCCUUUUUUAUUCCUAUUUCAAAUACAUAAAAAAUAUAUAUAUAUAUAUAUUAAACUUAGAUGAUAAUCAAAAUCAAAAAAGCCAAUGUUAAAACUGGUUUCUUGGUUUGGAUGGGGUUGGUUUGAGUUAUUUUUGUUUCCCAAUUUCUGCUGUAGACUCUUUGGGUUGAUAGCUUGAGUGAGUGGCUUUCUGGGUUGUUUUGUUUUGUUUUUUUCAUCUUUUUUUUUCUCUUGUCCCUUACUCAAGGAAACAGCAUAAUGACCGCAGAAUAAGUCAUAUUUGAAGGAUGUUUUGUACUAAACUUUAUUUAAUUGAUCAGUUUUUAAAGGAAAAAAAAAGGAGUGAUAACUCUUCCCAAAAUGAGCUGUUUAUUUAAAUUUCAUUGAGGAGGGGAAAAAAAAUAUAUGGUGAGAAGCACGCUCCUUUUCAACUUGUUUGGUACUGACAGCUAAUAGAAACUAUUUUCUAAUAAUAAAUAUCCAGUGUGUGAAAGACAAACCCCAUGGAUUGUAAUACUUUUUUUUUUAAUCAUAAAACCUGUGAAGUUUCCCCAAGUAGAUUUUACAAAGAAGGGGGAAAGAUAAAGCAAAAAUGUUGGUGUUCUUACUCCCAUCUCAGUAUAUGUCUUAAUUCUGCUUUCACAAUGAACUGGAGGAUCAUGAGACAUUCUAGGAACUCUGGACCUGUUUUGCAUUUCAAUUAGCAUUCCCAUUGCUCUAUUGAAUUUCUAGCUUGACAGGUAGAUGUGGGGCGAAACAAAAAACUGUCGUAGCAGUAUAAGACCCCUUUGUCUGAAUUUCAAAAAUAAAAAAAAGAGCCCCACACAGUGCCUUCCCCCAGCCACAAGCCAAUUCUGUCAGAGACUGAAAUAGACCUUUUCUAAGGCUUCGUGCCCCUUUUAUCUGUCACCACGCAAAGGGUCUGACUGUACCCUGCAUUAGUGUGUGUGUCCACGGGAGCCAAGGAGCAGCUGUGUUGUCUGAGCUUGGGUUAGCAUUCAGGCUCCUACCGCCGUCUGCAGCCCACCCACACUGCUUGGAAAGAGGAGGCAGAACCCAGCUUUUAGGAAAUGCUUAAAAUAUGGAUUUCUAGACCAUGACCCACAUUUUCACUGUCACUCCAACGUCUGCCUUAUGGCCCCCAAGUGGGAGAGUGGAAAGUGCACAGAAGCAGGCGGUGAUGACUUUGGUCUGCAGAUUGAUCAAGCCGACCAACCGAUGCAGGUGUCGCCUUUGUCUGCUAUGCCCUCCAUUCACAGACUGCUCCCCAUGCUGCCUGGGGAGGGAAACAGCUGUACAGCUUGCUCUAUGCUGCAAAACUCAGAUGUGCUUUAUGGCCUGUGACAAUAGAUUUCCUCCCCACCAAGCUUCACUUCGACACUUCAAUUCCAGUAAUAUACGCCUCAGCCCUUCUGUUUACUCGGCCCUGCUCACCCCUCUGGGCUGUCAUUAGCCGCACCACCAUCAACUGUUUCUUAAUUGACCUUUUUAAAAUGCUGGACGCCACUGGCUGCACGCAGCUGUCACACAUUAAAUUUCCAGAGCCAAGAGUCCGACUUGGGAGCUUGUGAAUUGCACUCCUGUAAUAUACUUGAUAAAUGAUGCCUCCCCAGCCUUGGUCCCUGAGCUGUCAGGCAAACCAGUGACACCUCUCAACUGAAUGGCACAAGCAUUCAUGAGAAGGCCAUAUCCUUUCUCAUCCCUUUUUCUUCCAUGAUCUAAAGAGCUGAAGAUUCCCAGGAUCGUUUCUUGUUGAGUUUGAUUGCAGAGAUGUCUUGCUCUCUUAGGUCAUGAGAUAAGAAAGAUAUAAUGAUGUUAACUAUCAAAUACAGACAGGUCCUAGCAGCACAUAAUUAGUACUGUUCCUGUGCCAUGCCUUUCUCAGUCCCUCUUAUUUGCACCUCCUGCCCCCGCCCUGGGAAAUAAGGCAGAGGCCAAAAGCAAGGAGAAGGUGCAUGUGGGGGGUGGCAGGUUGGAUUGUCUAAGCAGCAAGAAUAACACCAGUACCUCCCUCCAUCUGGGGUUCAAAUGUUCAUGGAGGAUACUUCGUUCCCUCUUGGUUCUAUAACCCUGAGGUUGUUCAAGGUGGGAGAGUCUAGGGAACAGUAGCAUACAUACAGGGUGCCAUCCAAGACGGGAGGAGGUAGGCGGUGACUGGAGUCCCUGCUCUGCGUCAUCACCAAGCCUAGCUGUGUCUGCCUGGAAGAAGGGAUGGCUUUUGCUGACUGGUGCUAAAGUGCUUCACAAGUUACCAGACGUUCUUUCUUUUUUGAAAGAUCAAGAAUGAAGUGGGAAAGGAACAAGAUGGAGCACAGUCUUCUUUGUGCGCCUUACUGUAUCUUCCUCCAGCUACUUUUCUCGUGACUAUUAGAAACAAAUAAAUGUGUAUCACAGUGAAGCCGGAGGGGAAGCUGACAACCGAAACAAGCCCAGUCAAUGUGUUCUCACCUGCCCUGUGCCUGUGCCUUUUUUUUUUUUUUUUUUUGGUAUAUGUUCUCUGGGGAAAGACAGAGAACACAGUGCCAUCAUACAAAGUCUAUGGCUUCUCAGCGAACUGAGCAGAAGCUCAGAUGAGCUGUAAAACCCAAUUAAGGAAAAAUAAACACAGAAUUUAGAUGCUA